UAUCUCCCCACCUCUUUUAUUUAGUUUUGUGCCUACUUCUUCUAAAGGCAACUUGUAUCUUCCUUCCGUUGCUAUAAUAGAAGAAAAAUAGAAAGAGCCAUGGAUGUUCAUGAUUUAUCUGAAGAAGCUAAAAGAGGACUACACACGUCCGAGGAUUCAGGUGACGAUCUUUGCGUUGAUUCUCGAGGUCGACCAUGCAGGCAAGACAAGCAUGGUGGUACAGGAGCUGCCCUCUUUGUUCUAGGCCUCCAGGCCUUUGAGAUGAUGGCGAUUGCGGCUGUUGGGAACAACUUGAUCACAUAUGUUUUCAAUGAGAUGCAUUUCCCUUUGUCCAAAUCUGCGAACCUCGUGACUAACUUCAUUGGAACGGUGUUUCUGCUCUCGCUUCUUGGUGGCUUCCUCUCUGAUUCAUACCUUGGAAGCUUUCGCACCAUGCUCGUCUUCGGCGUCAUAGAAAUAUCUGGGUUCAUAUUAUUGUCAGUCCAAGCUCAUCUUCCACAGCUAAGACCCCCAGAAUGCAACAUCAAGAAUACCACAACACAUUGCUUAGAGGCAAAUGGUUACAAGGAAGCUACACUCUACGCAGCACUCUGUUUGGUGGCCUUAGGGAGCGGCUGUCUCAAACCAAACAUCAUCUCUCACGGUGCGGACCAGUUUCAAAGAAAAGAUUUAAGGAAGCUGUCGAGUUUCUUUAAUGCGGCUUACUUCGCAUUUUCAAUGGGUCAGCUUAUUGCACUCACACUCUUAGUUUGGGUGCAAACGCAUUCCGGCAUGGACAUCGGUUUUGGUGUCUCCGCGGCAGUUAUGGCCGCGGGGAUGAUCAGUCUUGCUGCAGGGACAAACUUUUAUAGGAAUAAACCGCCUCGUGGUAGCAUCUUCACACCAGUUGCUCAGGUCUUAGUAGCCGCGAUCACUAAGCGAAAACAGAUUUGCCCUUCAAAUCCAAACAUGCUUCAUCAACCUUCAACGAAUCUCGUUGGUGUCAAACCUUUCCUCCAUAGUAAUAAGUUCAGGUUUCUUGACAAGGCUUGCAUCAAGACGCAAGGCAAAGCGAUGGAGAGUCCAUGGAGACUCUGCACAGUCGAACAAGUCCAUCAAGUCAAGAUUCUUUUAUCGGUUAUACCCAUUUUCGCCUGCACCAUCAUCUUCAACACCAUCUUAGCACAGCUCCAAACUUUCUCUGUUCAGCAAGGAAGCUCCAUGGACACACACAUCACAAAAACAUUCCAAAUCCCACCAGCUUCACUUCAAGCCAUCCCUUACAUCAUUCUUAUCUUCGUUGUUCCUCUCUAUGAAACGUUCUUCGUUCCACUCGCUAGAAAACUCACGGGAAACGAUUCUGGUAUCUCUCCUCUUCAGAGAAUUGGCACUGGACUGUUCUUAGCGACUUUCUCGAUGGUUGCAGCUGCUUUAGUGGAAAAGCAGAGACGCGAAUCUUUCUUGGAACAGAACGUAACGCUCUCGAUCUUCUGGAUCUCACCACAGUUUCUGAUAUUUGGUUUAUCAGAGAUGUUUACAGCCGUUGGUUUGGUGGAAUUUUUUUACAAACAGUCUUCACAGAGUAUGCAGUCUUUUCUCACAGCAAUGACUUACUGUUCUUACUCUUUCGGGUUCUACGUUAGCUCUGUUCUUGUCUCGACCGUGAAUAAAGUUACGUCUACUAAUAGAUCCGGGACAAGAGAAGGUUGGCUAGGCGAUAACGACUUAAACAAAGAUAGAUUAGAUCUCUUUUACUGGGUCUUAGCUUCAUUGAGUUUCAUCAACUUCUUUAACUAUCUUUUUUGGUCAAGAUGGUAUUCGUUUAGUCCAUCCUCGACACAUCAUAGGGCCGAGGUUAAUAGCUUGGAGGAUUUAGAAGAUGGAGCAAAUAAGGAUUCCAAGAUGGAGAAGCCUAUAAUUUGACUAUGUUAGUUAGAUCUUCUUGUUGAAUAUUUCCUUUAGGGUUAUAAUUAAUAGAAGGAAUCUCUUAAAGACUUAGAUCCUUUAUGCUUAUUAAUCUCGUUGUAAUCAUAUGUUUGGAAGUGGCGGGGUAGAGUUUGUAUUGUUUUUAAUUUUAUUUUUGGGGUUUGUAAUGAUGAUGAGUUAGUUUAAAAGGUUUAUAACAACUUGUCUAAUGAAUAAAUUAUGUAUUAAGCUAGUUGGUUUUAUAAUGUGACUGCUGAAGUUCAUAAGAUUUGGGGCAAAGAUGGAGAACA